ACCACUGGCACUUUCCAAAAAGUAUUCUAGCACUCCAGUGGGUGAAAAUCAUUCUGUUACUUCCAGCAACAUGCAGUGGGGUUGUCUGUUUCUGGUCUGCGCUGCCUUUGUGACUGUAGAGUCCACCGUUGAGCGUCGUAGCAGAUCUUGCCGGUACCUCCAACGAUGUCUCGACUCUUACAACAGCUUUCCUGACCCAACUUCUCCGGCAGUGCUGACAAACAUGUCUACGUCCGGAGGAAUCGCUGGGUUUUGCCAAGCCACCCGCCCACUGCCCCGCUGUGUCGUCUCCCGGGUGCGGCGCUGCCAUCACAGCAGGACAGCCAACAAGGCCAGGGUAGCGGCCUCAGUGACCAUGUACCUGUGUCGUCCCUCUACCAGAGCAGAAUUAGUCCACUUAUCGGAAAUUCUGCAAGCUGGCUCGACCUGUUUGGACAAUCCUGCAGUGGAGGGGCAAAUAGAUGCUGAAGUUGACGGUUGUAUGGCCGAACUCGACCGAGCUAACGACGAUUUAAUGAUUGAAAUUGAACUCGGACUAAAGACAUUGGAAGACAUGUGCCCACUGACACAAGAAUUAGUUUGGUGCUCUGUGGCAGCCUUUGCAGUGCAUUGCCACCCGCUCCUCGUGGACUUCUUCGACGGUGUUUUGUCGCACGCACUGGAAGCGGCCACUUACCAGAUAGGCUGCUCACUGGAGGGCACUCGUCACACAA